GUUUUAAUGACUUUUAGAUGAUGAGAUGGCAGUUCCUAUUAAUUUAAAUCUCUCUCUCUCUCUCAACAACCAUCCAUUCCUCUCUAAACCCUCCAAGUCAUCCUCAUUGCAGCCGGCGCCUUGGUCGUGAUGAUCAUGCUCUUCACCGCAUGCGCCCCCUGCAGGAAAAAUCGCGGCAAAAUCUCGAUCACUCAGCCCCCGGCCGCAACGGGGCUGUCCUCCACGUUCAACCCGCAGCAGGUCUCCAUGGUGGAGCUCCUGAAGGCGACCAACAAUUUCUCCCCCGACCUCAUCAUCGGCCACGGCAGCUUCGGUUCGGUCUACAAGGCCCGCCUCCCCCACGACGGCCUCAGCACUGUCGCCGUCAAAAAACUCAGCCCGGAUGCCUUCCAGGGCUUCCACGAGUUCCGGGCCGAGAUGGAAAUCCUAAGCAAGCUACGCCACCCAAACAUCGUCACCAUACUCGGGUUCUGCUCCACAGGGUCCGACCGGGUCCUUGUUUACGAGUACGUCGAGAAUGGCAGCCUCGACCAGUGGCUGCCACUCGGCUCCCCGUCCGAGACGCCCAGGUCUUGGCUGCCUUCGUGUUGGAAGAGCAGAAUCAAGAUUGCCGAGACGCCCAGGUCGUCGAAGCUGCCUGUGUCUUGGGGGACCAGAAUCAAGAUUGUCAGAGGCGUAGCCAGUGGUUUAGCUUACAUGCACAAUUUGAAAACACCCAUUAUUCACAGGAACAUCAAAGCCAGCAAGGUCUUGUUGGAUAAUGAUUUUCAACCACGCAUUGCCGAUUUCGGCUUGGCCAGGAUAAUUGACGACUCGCUUUCCCACGUGUCCACCUGGGUCGCCGGGACGAGGGGGUACAUGCCGCCCGAGUACAUGCAGGGAGCCACCAUGGCGACCGCCAUGGGGGACGUCUACAGUUUCGGGAUACUCAUGCUGCAGAUCUCAACGGGGAUUCGGCCGGAUACGCUGUUUAAGGAGGAGAGCAAUGGGGAGGGAGUGAAUUUUGUUGAAUGGGCUAAAGAUAAGGUGGCUCAAAAUCUGCACAUGGAAAUUCUUGAUGCUAAUAUCUCUCGGGCAGGGCUGGAGGAAUCCGGGGUUGUCGAGUUUCUCCGGAUUGCUCUCUUGUGUGCUAGUGACUCCUCCAUGGAUAGGCCGCCCAUGAGGGAGGUGGUGGAGUUGUUGAAGUGGAUUUCGACUUGAAAUCGCGCUUUUGGCUACGGCACUUGGUAGGAUAUGUGAAAAAAGAAACAUGGAAGAGUCCAUGA